AUCAUGAUAGAAAUUAAUAAUCGACUGGUGAGAGAAGAUGUACGUUUUGAUACCGUCAUUUGGGUCACAGCAUCAAGGGAGUCAAACCUCCCAAAACUACAAAAUGAUAUUGCCAAAUCAAUUGGUUUAUGCUUUGAUAGCGAUGAUGAUGGGAUGACCAGAGCAUCAAAACUAUGGAAUGCCUUGAGGGGACCGAAAAAGUUUCUUCUUAUUAUAGAUGAUUUGUGGGAAGCAUUUCCGCUUCAAGAGGUUGGAAUUCCUAGUCAAGAAUUCUCAAACUCUUUUAAGUUGGUGAUUACCACUCGAUCAUUGAGUGUUUGCCGUGGCAUGGAGACGAUGAGAGAGGUCGAAGUUGAAUUGCUUUCUAGUGAAGAAGCAUGGAAUUUAUUCAAACACAAGGUUGGUGAAGAAGUUGUUUCAUCCUUGAGCAUCGAAGCUGUUGCCAAGGAAAUUGCCAAAGAAUGUGGCGGUCUGCCACUAGCAAUUGCUACAGUAGGACGGGCUUUGAGAAAAGAAUAUAAUGUGAGACAGUGGCGGAUUGCUUUAAGAGAGUUGCAAAACUCCACCAUAAGAAUAGAUGGAAUGGAGAACCAGGUAUUGUCACGUCUGAGAUUUAGCUAUGAGAGAUUGAAGGAUGAUACUACCCGAUCCUGUUUUCUUUUCUGUGCUGUAUACCCAAAGGAUCAUCAUGUCAAUGUAGAAGAGCUCAUAAGAUAUUGGAUAUAUGAAGGUCUACUGGGUAAUUUAGGGGACAUGGAAACCAAGAUGCAACAGGGAUAUAUCCUAGUAGAUGAGCUGAAAAAUGCUUGCAUGUUGGAAAGUAUCUACCAACAUGGUAGUAUAGACGAGCAUGUGAAGAUGCAUGACCUAAUUAGGGAUAUGGCAAUUGCUCUCACAGGUGGUAACCAAAUCUUUAUGGUUCGAGCUGGACAGAGCAUACACAAGCCCCCUCUUCAUGAAGAAUGGCAUCCAGAUCUUGAAAGAGUCUCACUGAUGAGAAAUGAUUUGAGCUCUUUGGAUUGUGAACCUAGAUGUCCAAAGCUAAGUACAUUACUCUUGCAGUAUAAUUCACUAUCCAAAGGCAUUAAUCCUUCUUUCUUUAACCAUAUGCAGAACCUGCAAGUUCUAGAUUUAUCUUAUACAGGCAUACUUAGGUUGCCAGAUUCAUUUUCUAAUUUGGAAAACCUUCGUGCACUACUCCUCUGUAGCUGUUGGAAUUUGCAUUAUGUACCAACGCUAUCAAAACUUAAGGAGUUGAGGGUUUUGGACCUUUCUUAUUCAUCCAUUGAGCACAUGCCCCAUGGGAUGGAAAUGUUAACUAACCUUAGAUGCCUUGACCUCUCCCAGUGUAGAGCCAAUGACUUUCAAAGUAGUUUUCUGUCAAAUUACAGAAUGCUGGAGAAUCUACUGCUAAUUGGUUUGUGGCAGUCACUUGAACUUGGUAAGGUAUUUGUGGAUCAGUUAACAAGCUGCAUUAACCUGUCACUGUUUGAAGCUAACUUCAGAACUGUUGAGGACUUCAAUUACUAUACUAUGUCAGGACACUGGAGUCAAGUUGAGAGUUUCAAAUUUUGUAUUGGCUAUCCGGAAUCCUCAAUGCGUUUCGGUAGAAAUAGUGUAGCAUUAAUUGGAGCCCAUAUGUUUCACAGAGAAAUACUUGCUUUGUUGCCUGGUAGGAUUCAUGAGUUGGUUCUCUUGGCUUGUUCAGGCAUCAAUCACUUGCCAACAUCCAUCAGCUUUGCUUCUUCACAGCUACAAAUAUGUAAACUUCAACACUGUGAUGAUAUGGAAUGGAUAAUAACUUCAGGAUGGAGCACCUUUCCUACCCUAGAGUCGUUAGAGAUCGAGGGUUUGGGCAAGUUACAUACUUUUUGCAUGGGAAUUCCACAGGAAGGAACUCUUGCAAAUCUGAAGGUGUUGCAUGUCAGCCAAUGUAAUGAUUUGAAGACCGUCUUGUCAUUUGAGCUGGUGCAGAACCUAAAAAGCCUCGAAGAAAUUGUUAUUGAAAACUGUGAAAGGAUUGAGGAGAUAAUUGAUGAUGAAAGAGGGGGAGAAGACGUGACUCAAGUGGACAAUGCUGAAAUAAUAUUUCCACGAUUACAGAAAUUAAAGUUAAGUUCUUUGCCAAGGCUGACAAGCAUCUGCUGGAAUAGGGCAGCUCCUGAAACAGUCUCUGAAGCAAAUAAAAGGAAGCAGAAGAUGGCGUGAGGAUUUAAUGAAGUCUCAUCCAGAUUGCAUUGGACUCCUGUACUCAAUUUUCAAAGUAACUCAGAGUUCUGCAGCAUAUGACAUCUUUGAACCUCAGAAUUCUGCAGCAAACGAGAUCUUUGAAGAAGACGAUGGCAGGAAUAUUGGUGAAUCUGCAAGUUCAUCAUUUGGGCCAAGAUAGCAUUCUACAAUUCGUAUCCCAUACUUCUAUAACCAUCUGAUCUUCCAUGAUCCAUCCCUUCGAGUUCUUUGAAGUAAUAAAGAUACUAGCUUAUCGUUGUCUCGUCUUCGGUUAGCCUGCAUACAGUUGUUAAUGUUGCCUCCCUUUGUUCAUUUUUUCAAUAAAAGUUCUGUAACAGAAGAAGACAAAUUUGGAUAAGCAAUUUUGUGCUCGAACACCAGAAUGUAGUAAGUUUCAUGUUGUUCACUA